AUGUCAUUGUUAACAAGUACUGGUAAAACUGGACUUGAAGUAAUGUUAAUAUUAAUAAGUACUAGUAAAACUGGACUUGAAGUAAUGUCAUUAUUAACAAGUACUGGUAAAACUGGACUUGAAGUAAUGUCAUUAUUAACAAGUAUUGGUAAAACUGGACUUGAAGUAAUGUCAUUAUUAACAAGUAUUGGUAAAACUGGACUUGAAGUAAUGUCAUUAUUAACAAGUAUUGGUAAAACUGGACUUGAAGUAAUGCCAUUAUUAACAAGUACUAGUAAAACUGGACUUGAAGUAAUGUCAUUAUUAACAAGUACUGGUAAAACUGGACUUGAAAUAAUGCCAUUAUUAACAAGUAUUGGUAAAACUGGACUUGAAGUAAUGCCAUUAUUAACAAGUACUGGUAAAACUGGACUUGAAGUAAUUCCAUUAUUAACAAGUAUUGGUAAAAGUGGACUUGAAGUAAUGUCAUUAUUAACAAGUACUAGUAAAACUGGACUUGAAGUAAUGCCAUUAUUAACAAGUACUAGUAAAACUGGACUUGAAGUAAUGUCAUUAUUAACAAGUACUGGUAAAACUGGACUUGAAAUAAUGCCAUUAUUAAUAAGUAUUAGUAAAACUGGACUUGAAGUAAAGCCAUUAUUAACAUAG